ACAUGCUUGCAAAAAUUGGUGAUAGUGGUGGAUCUUUAAUUUCUUUUGAUAACCCACAAAAUUUGCGUUCAGUGAGGCUAUGUGGUAUACAUGUUGCACAAAGUGAUGAUAUUGCUGCCGGUCAGCAAUUAGAAUCAAUUAUCAAUUCAGCUAAAUCCAAUUAUGAUAUUAAUAUUGUUCCUAUUUUUAGACCGC